GGAGACGAUUUAAACCGAUCCGGUUAAGAGAAAGAAAGAGAUAAACCCUUAUUUUCUUAGCCUCCGGGAGAUUUGAUUGAUCGCCGACGCCCACACGGGAGGGUAGAGAGAUGUCAUCACAAAGCUUCGUGGAACUUUAAUGGCCGCUCCUCCUCCUCCUCCUCCUUUGAAAAAGCCAGAAAGCUCAUCACUUAAUCCUAUGUGUUCCUCUCCAUCUCAUCAAUGAUCCUAUGUCUCCGCCUCUGUCUCAGAGCUUCCAGAUCCUUCUUCUCCACUACCUCCACCUCUAAGCUACGCUUCCUCUUCCUCUCAUCCUCCUCCUCUUCUCUCCCUCUCUCCAAUCCCGAGUCUCACUACGCCAAUCUCAUUUUGACUUCACACGGCUACAAUCCCAAUCCCAAUCUCAACUGGUCUCCUCAUCACUUCCACCCCCUCCUCACCGACCCUCAUCUCCUAAUCAGAGUCCUCACUAUGCUCCGAGACAAGCCAGAGAUCGCUUUUCACUUCUUCAAGUGGUUACAGAACCAACCGCAUCUCAAACACUCCCUCCUCACCUUCUCUACCCUCCUCGAGAUCUUGGUUGAGAAUGAUCUCAUGACCAAAGCUUGUUGGGUCGCUGAGAGGUGUAUCGAUCUCGGUUUGCACCGCCAAAUUUACAAUCUUUUCAUCAAUGCAAGUCUCGUUCUUGUUGAUAAUAGUAAUAAAGGGAUUACCUUUAGGAGGAUUCUUGAUCUCUUGUUGUUGGUUUAUACAAACAAGUCUAUGGUGGAGCAUUGUUUAUUGAUGUUUGAGGAGAUGGUUAGUAAGGGUUUUUUCCCUAGUGUUAGAAACUGUAAUCUUGUUUUGAGGCUUCUUAGGGAUAAGAAGAUGGUUAACGAGGCUCAAGAGGUUUAUAACAAGAUGGUCGGGCAUGGUAUUAAACCCACGGUUGUUACUGUCAACACUAUGUUGGACGCUUGUUUUAAGUGUGGUGAUUUUGAGAGAGUGCCGGAGAUUGUGUCUGAGAUGGAGAGGGGAGUUGUUGUGCCUAAUGUUAUCACCUUUAAUACUAUGUUGGAUUCUUGUUUCAAGGUUGGGGAUUUGCAGCAAGUGAGCCAGAUUUUGUUUGAGAUGGAGACAAGGGGAGUUGAUGCGACCGAUGUGACUUAUAAUAUUCUGAUUAAUGGCUUCUCCAAGAAUGGGAAGAUGGAGGAAGCUAGGCGGUUUCAUGGAGAUAUGACAAGAUGUGGGUUCCAUGUUACCACUUAUUCCUUUAACCCUUUGAUUGAAGGGUAUUGCAAACAAGGCUUGUUUGAUGAAGCUUGGGAGGUUGUUGAACUGAUGCUCAAAGCGGGUGUUACUCCAACCACGGCUACUUACAAUAUUUAUAUACGCGCGUUAUGCGAGUUUAGAAGAACAGAUGAUGCUAGACGGGUGUUACUUGGUAUGGUAGAUCCUGAUGUUGUGUCUUAUAACACUCUGAUGCAUGGAUACGUUAAGGGGAGGAGGGUUAGAGAGGCUUUUCUCUUGUUUGGUGAGUUGAUUGUUAGGAACAUCCCUCCCAGUGUUGUCACUUACAAUACUCUGAUGGAUGGUCUUUGCGAGUCAGGGGAUUUGGAAACUGCUCAGAGGUUAAAAGCAGAAAUGUCCAGGCAAAGGAUUGAUCCUGAUGUGAAGACGUACACCACUCUGGUAAAAGGAUUUGUCAAGAGUGGGAAUCUAUCCAUGGCUACUGCAACUUAUGAUGAGAUGUUGGAGAAAGGGAUUAAGCCUGAUAGAUAUGCAUACACUACAAGGAUCGUGGGUGAACUGCUGCUUGGAGAUAAAGACAAAGCUUUUCGUCUGCAAGAAGAGAUGGUGGCUAAGGAUCAUAAUGCUCGAGAUCUGAUCGCAUAUAACGUUUGUAUAGAUGGACUCUGCAAGGUUGGGGAUCUGGAGAAAGCGAUCGAGUUUCAGCGCAAGAUUUAUAGAGAUGGUCUCGUCCCUGAUCAUGUUACUUACACCACGGUUAUUCGUGCUUAUUUGGAGAAGGGACGGUUUAAGAUGGCGAAAGUCUUGUAUCAAGAAAUGCUGAGGAAGAAGUUAUCUCCCUCUGUGAUUACCUACUUUGUGUUGAUUCAUGGUCAUGCCAAAGUGGGAAGGCUACAACAAGCCUUCCAGUAUUCAGCCGAGAUGGAGAAGAGAGACGUUCGUCCAAAUGUCAUGACCUGCAACGCUCUUCUACAUGGCAUCUGCAAAGCUGGUGAGAUAGAUGAAGCUUACAGAUACUUCCGCAAGAUGGAAGAAGAUGGGAUUCCACCGAACAAAUACAGCUACACCAUGCUUAUAAACAAGAACUCUGACCUUGGUAAAUGGGAAGAGGUUGUGGAGUUGUAUAAAGAGAUGCUAGAUAAAGAGAUUGAGCCAGAUGCUUACACACGCUGGGCCUUGUUCAAGCAUUUAGACAAAGACCACGCAUCACGAGAGGUUGAGUUCCUUGAAAAGAUAUUACGCAGUUGACGAGGGAAGCAGAAAUGUGCUGACUUUGAAUGAACAUAUUUUAUCUUGGAGCUAGCUGGCCGGUUUUUGUCCCUGAGAGUGCAUAUGGUUCAAUUUUACAAUUACUAUGCACAAAAUUCUUGUUGAUGGCUCAGCUUGAUUGCUUCUUCUUCUUCUUCAAGGGGAAAACGCAGCUCUGAGCUAUGGCUGGAAUGAAUCCAAUGUUGUUGAAGCUCGUUUACAUUUAAGCAUAUAACAUUCUUACCUACAAGUAGGGCGCUGAUAGGAAUAAAGACCACACAUACAAUGGUGUUGUUUGCAAUGAAGUUCACCCUCUGUGAAAGAAGAUUCAUGUGUAUUUGUUUAAUUCUUUGAAAACAACUUUUUUUUUGGGAAAGUGUGAAAUUGAAAACACAUACAAACUUCAAUGUAGGACAUUUAUGGGAAGAAAGCUAAAGUAACAAAGGCUCUGAUUCUCUCUAGACUCUUGAGCAUGUUUUAGGUAAAGAUUAUAGUCAAUGCCUCUAUUUUGUAAUCUUUGUCACACAUUCUUCUUUCUGCCAAUCAUAUGAUUCAC